GGUGGUAAACUAUUGCGUGUGAUCGUGACUUUCGGAUUUGACGUUGUAAAUGAAAGUGUUGCAGCACUGUGUGUACCGUGUGCGUGACUUGGACCUUGAUUCUUUACAGUGCGAUCAACUUUGAUUUUAAUCUUCAUUCCGUUAGGUUGCAGAGACAUCGGUACCAUCCAUCUUGUCGAGAAAAGUGCCAUUUGGAACAGUUAUUGUUUUUCCGAAAAGUGGCGAAAGAUCUUAAUUCUCCGAACGUAUAAGGAGGAAUGUGAAAAAAAUCAACAAGCUUCAUAGAGCCGUGUAAUCUGCCCUCUGUGUGUGUGUGUGUAUGUGUGUGUGUGUGUACCAACCGGAGCUGUCAUAAAUGUACACAUUCUAUAUAGAUUGCACGAUCUAUGCUCGGUUAGUGGGCCGAUUUACUCAAGACAAGUGAUCGUAUCUGACGCGCGGCAGUGAAUUGACAUUAAUCAUCGUCGCGCGGUGUUGUGCGCUCAUCGACCGUCUAAAGAGCUAGUGCCGCAUUCUUAUUCGACGGCGAGCUUCCUCACGCUAGCAGGUGAUCAUGGCUAAUCGGGGUACAGCCCAGAGGCCAAAUGGUUCAACACAAGGGAAGAUAUGUCAGUUUAAGCUGGUAUUACUUGGAGAAUCUGCUGUGGGAAAAUCAAGUCUUGUCUUGAGGUUUGUGAAAGGACAGUUCCAUGAGUACCAAGAAAGUACUAUUGGAGCUGCGUUUUUAACACAAACUGUAUGCCUGGAUGAUACAACUGUAAAGUUCGAGAUUUGGGAUACAGCAGGGCAGGAACGUUAUCAUAGUCUUGCACCAAUGUAUUAUCGUGGUGCGCAGGCAGCCAUUGUUGUAUAUGAUAUAACAAACCAAGACACAUUUGUACGUGCUCAAACGUGGGUGAAGGAACUGCAACGACAAGCCAGUCCAAGUAUAGUUAUAGCACUAGCUGGAAAUAAAGCCGAUCUUUCAAAUAAAAGAGUUGUAGAAUUUGAUGAAGCUCAAACUUAUGCAGAUGAAAAUGGCCUUCUUUUCAUGGAAACUUCAGCCAAAACAGCAAUGAAUGUUAAUGAUAUAUUUUUGGCAAUUGCUAAGAAACUUCCAAAGAAUGAACAAUCAGGAAAUGCAAGUACAAGUGGUCAAGGUCGCCGAUUAGUUGAGACAGAAGGACAAAAGGCAGCAACUGGCAAUUGUUGCAAGUGAUUAUCCAAAUCUGUACGUGUCAAAUAUAUAUUGGUAUACACUUUUAUAUUAGUUACAAUUUGACACCUUCGUGAUAAACAAUGGUGAAAGAUAUAAUAUCCUUGAAAGAAUCACAAAACAAUUAAUAUGUGCAUCAGAUAUGAGUCCAGCAUUUGAUAUAAUAUUGUAGUAUACUAUGUCCACAUAUUUUUAUAAUACUAAGAUAUAUAAUGAAUAGAUACUAAUGAUUAUCUUGCAAUGAUAUAAAUGAUUUGAUAUUAAUUAGGUUAAAAUUUAAACAUUUUAUGGGGCACUGUAUGCAAAAUUUUGUAUUAGUAUUGUGAGACAUGAGUAGAUAUUGCUGUAGUAUAUUUCUUGUUAUGUUUAAUAUUUUUAUUGCAUGUGCUUUUGACUUGUUUCAUUUUUAAUAUUUAUUAAACAAGUAAAAAAGACGUAAACAUCAAAAUUUGGAUUAUAUUAAUAAUAAUAUUAUUUCAUAUUAAAUCAUUGAAUAUCUAAAAUAAUCAUCAUUAUAGAGGACAAAAUUGACAUUUUACAUUAAAAAGUUUGUUUAUGUAUAUAAGUCUACUGAAUUUUUAAGACAUAACAGACAAUAUGAGUAGAUUUCAUAAAUUCUAUAUUUUCAUCAGAAAAUAAGUUAUUAAUAGUUAAAAAAUCAUUUAUGAUAUUAGAAACUAUAAAAACUGAUGACUUUUUUAAACCUCACAAUUGCAGUAAGAUUCUUGUCUGUUAUAAAUUUGUUUUAGCACAAUUUUAAGAUAAAUAUUUAUAAAUAACUAUUUUGGCAUUUAAUAUGCACUAUACGUUUAGAACAAAAAUUAUAUUUAUAUAAGUAUAUUUCUGCAUAAUAUAUCGUUGUAUAUUACAUAGCUUCGUAGAUCAACUAUUGCAGUGAAUAAUGCGCAGUCCAAUUCGCAUUUUUUCCCGUUUUUAUUUGUAUACUUUUAAUGAGUCUGUUGUUGUAUUUUAUCAUCUGUCGUGUUGCAGAACAUGGAUAUAUAUAUUUGCACUUGAUUGGAAAUAAUGCAUAAUUAAAAUUCUCCAUCAGAAUUAGAAAAUUUCUCUUUUUUUAUACGUUAUAUAUUAAAUUCUACAAGAUUCUAUUACAAAGUAACGUUAUAUAUUGUAUGCUUAAAAAUGUUACAUACUAUUCUUAUUUCAUUUAGUUUUUAUACUUAUUAUUUGAUUAAAACACGAAUAACAUACAUUUAUAAUAUUAAUUAUACCGUUAAAUAUUAGAUACAAGAGAGUAAAAAUAUCCUUGUAAUAUAUUUACAAUUUUAUUAAGAUUUGCUACUGUAAAUCAUAAAUUGAUAUUAAAGAAAGUGUUAAUUUCUUA